AUGUCCACUAUCGAAAACCUCAAGUCUUUCGACCCUUUCGCCGAGGCCGAGUCCGAGCCUGGCGAAACCCAGCAGUCUCAGAAUUACAUCCACAUACGCAUCCAACAGCGUAAUGGACGGAAAACCCUGACCACAGUGCAAGGGCUGCCCAAGAAAUUCGACCAGAAGAAGAUCCUCAAGGUCAUCAAGAAAAAGUUCGCUUGCAAUGGCACGAUCGUCAAUGACACGGAGAUGGGCGAGGUGAUCCAACUCCAAGGCGACCAGCGCAAAGAUGUCCACGACUUCCUUGUCGAUAAGAAGGAAGGCCUAGAGCUGGAUGCGAAGACCAUCAAGGUAAGAAGCAUGCAAGGCUGGCGUGUCCACGGUUUCUAA